CUGCCCAUUGGGCGAGGCGGGGGCACCCUCCGCCCCUCCCCGUUCUGUCGGUUGAGACGAGCCGUGAGUAAAUAGAAGCAGGAGCUCAAAAUGGCGGAGCCGUCGAGCCCGAUUCGCGGUGCGGCGUCGCCCGAGCAGGAGCCGUUCAGCACCAGACCAGCCCCAGAUGCGAAGGUGUCCCGUGGGUCCCAGCCAGCCGCUAAGAAGAUGAAGGGAGCCGAUGAGAGGAGCCUGAAGGGUACUAAGCGCGUCAACGGUGAAGGGGGCGGCGGCAACGGCGGGAGCGGCAAGCAGUCGCUGCCGCUGCCAGCGGUCGUGCCGAGCUACAGCAGCCCCGCGGCGUGGGGUUUCCCCGCGCUCCCUUCUGGCCCCUCCGGCAGCGCGGGGGGCUUCGCUUUCCCUUCUCCGCUGCCCCGGAAGCUGCUGUCGCCCGCCGUUUUGCUGCCGUCGUCCGCCUCCCCCUCCUCUUCCUACCAGCAGCACCAGCACCGCCACCACCGGCACCGCCUGGCCCUGGCCGGCGAGGCGGGAGGCUGCAGCGGCGGGGCGGCCGGCGCUAGCGGCGGGAGCGCCAAGGCGAAGAGGCCCAAGGAAAAGCGGGACAAGGAGAGGAGGAAGCACGGAGCCCUGCCCGUGGUCGCGGCGGUGGGAGAUGGCGGCGGGGCCUUGAGUGCGGCAGGCCGGGAGGAGAACGGCGAGGUGAAGCUGCUGCUGCCGAAAGCUCAAAUCAAAGACAAAAUUAAAGAAAGGGAAAAGAAGCAAAAAGAGAAGAAGAAGCACAAAAUAAUGAAUGAAAUCAAGAAAGAAAAUGGAGAAGUCAAAUUAUUGCAAAAAGGUGGGAAGGAGAAACCAAAAACCAGUGCAGAAGAGCUACAGAUUAAAAAAGUUAAGAAGAAAAAGAAAAAGAAACAUAAAGAGAAUGAGAAGAGGAAGCGUCCAAAAAUGUACAGCAAAUCCAUUCAGACCAUCUGCUCAGGAUUGGUUUCCGAUAUUGAGGAUCAGGAAGCCAAAGGCAUCAUAGAUGAUCAUCUUAAGGAUUUCAGUGGGAAAAAUAUGGAUCCCAAGAAGGACUGUGAGUCCAAGAUACCAGAGAACAGUGAGUUUCCAUUUGUCUCGUUAAAGGAGCCACGGGUUCAAAAUAAACUCAAAAGGUUGGACACAUUGGAGUUCAAACAGCUGAUUCAUAUUGAGCACCAGCCUAACGGAGGUGCAUCAGUUAUCCAUGCCUACAGUAAUGAACUCUCCCACUUGUCUCCUGUGGAGAUGGAGAGAUUUGCAGAAGAGUUUGUGGGUCUGGUUUUUAGUGAAAAUGAAAACUGUGCAGCUUACUAUGUAAUGGGUAUUGUUCAUGGGGCAGCUACUUAUUUACCUGACUUUUUAGACUACUUUUCAUUUAAUUUUCCCAAUUCACCAGUGAAAAUGGAGAUUUUGGGAAAGAAAGAUAUAGAGACAACGACUAUGUCAAAUUUUCAUGCUCAGGUAAAAAGAACAUACUCUCAUGGUACGUAUAGAGCUGGCCCAAUGAGACAGAUCAGCCUGGUUGGAGCAGUUGAUGAGGAAGUGGGGGAUUACUUCCCUGAAUUCCUUGAUAUGUUGGAAGAAUCACCCUUCUUAAAAUGUACACUGCCAUGGGGAACACUUUCUAGUUUAAAAUUAGAGAGUCGUAAAGACAGUGAUGAUGGUCCCAUUAUGUGGGUACGUCCAGGAGAACAGAUGAUCCCUGUGGCUGACAUGCCAAAGUCACCUUUCAAAAGGAAGAGAACUACCAAUGAAAUAAAAAACUUGCAGUACCUACCUCGCACCAGUGAACCCCGUGAAAUGCUAUUUGAAGAUCGGACACGAGCCCAUGCAGAUCACAUCGGACAGGGCUUUGAACGACAGACUACAGCUGCUGUGGGAGUAUUGAAGGCUGUGCGCUGUGGAGAGUGGUCUGAGCAGCCUCGUAUAACCAAAGAUGUAAUUUGUUUUCAUGCUGAAGACUUCUUAGAGGUAGUUCAACGAAUGCAGUUAGAUUUGCAUGAACCUCCACUCUCACAGUGUGUCCAGUGGGUUGAUGAUGCAAAACUUAAUCAACUGCGAAGGGAAGGCAUUCGGUAUGCCAGAAUUCAGUUAUUUGAUAAUGACAUAUAUUUUAUCCCAAGGAAUGUUGUACACCAGUUCAAAACAGUUUCAGCUGUGUGCAGUUUGGCUUGGCACAUCCGGCUCAAGCUAUAUCAUUCAGAGGAAGAACUUUCUCAAAAUGCAAGUACUGUUGAAGCAGAGACUUCUGCAGACACCAAGUCUUCGGUUGUUGGACUUCAGACUGACAGCAGAAUUUGUACGAUGAGCAAAAAUACCUCCGAAGACACCAAAUUUUCAGACGCUCUGCAGACGAAGUAUCUGCAGCAGGAAUUUAUGCCGAUAAAACACGAACCUAUCGCAUCUCACAGAAUAAAAGAGGAACCCAUGAAUGUUGAUCUUGCUGAAAAGACAGUGGCACCUAAGGACGUCGGGGGCCAGAAUGUUCAGACUAGAUUGGAUCAUGUUGAAUUGACGGCAUUUAAGUUGGAAGUGGAUUCUAAAUGUGAACCUGGCAGCAAGGACUUACAAGGCAAGUUAUGCUCUGGAGGUCACGUACAUCCAGAUGAUGCAAGACAACAUAGUGCAUCAUAUCCAAAACUGCAUGGACAAAGAGAGGAUGAUUUUUUGUGCUAAAUUUGUAUAUAUGGUUUUAAAUUCCUUUUUAAACUUAAUGAUGUAAUAAUGUAAAGAUUCAUAAAUUCUGUGAGGCAAGUUUGCGACUUGCCUUCGCAUCUGUUACAGAAAAUAGUUAUGUAGCUUUGUAACAUUCCUCAGUGCCUGUCCAUAACUGUGAAGUAUCAAAGCACUUAGGGCCAGAUGCACUGUAAACACUGCAGGUUUAACAUAAAGAAGUCUUUAAAUAAUUUUGAGUUGUAGGUUUUAGAGUAGAGCUGACAUUUAACAUAUAUAUUUUUUGUAAGAUGAGCCAGAAUUCUUUUUGACAAUUCCAGGCUUUUCCAUAGAGCUUAUUUAUACCAAUUUUUUCAUUUUAAAUGUGUCAGCACUGUAGUGUAAAUAUCUUUUUUAAAAAUCUUUUUAGUGUGAUUUAUACUGAAAUGUGAGCCGCUUAAUAAAGGUUCAUAAUAACAGAUCGGUUUUAUUUUUGGGUCUGCAAAAAGUAAUUCAGUUAAACUGCCUCUCUAAACGGUUAUGUUUCUACCUGCACUAGUGCAUAGGGUGCCCUUACGCCAUUGUGGGGUGAGGAGCUGUAGCAAACUGAGAUAGAGCUGAGGCAUUCUUUGUAAAUCGACUUUGUAAAGUCAGAAUGCAAAAUCAGUCCUCCUUUCGCAGGAUUCCUUAUAGCUGCUCAUUAAAGGCACUCCCCAAACGCCUGCUGUCAGAUGUUAAUGUGGGACAGACAUACAGACCUUCUUCCCCUGUUGCAGAGGGCCCUGGACACCCAGUGGGCUCCAGGAGUGCUACCAGUAACUGUGUGCAUCUCUCUUGAUGAGGGGGUGCAAAGAGCAAACUCCUUUCUGUUUGCCUCUUCCCUCAGCUCAAGCCACUAUCAUUUCACAUGAAAAGAAAACCCAACGAAACAACCAACCAACCUCCCGCCUCACCUUAAAUCACUUACCUGACUAAAAUUAAAGCAAAGAAUAUUUCAAUAGUUACUUAACAAAUUAUAAAGGCCUCAACUUCAGCAGUGACCUGUAAUUCACAGAGACGCAUCUGGAUCUUGAUAGCACCCUAGGGUGGUAGUGCUGGGCAAUAAAAAGAUACUUGCCAAUGUGUCUGGUAGGAAGAUUCCACAUGAGUCCCAGUUUGAACACAAGAAUUGUUUCAUUAAGAAAAAAGUGGUGUCCAGGUUAACUGUUCUCCCCUCUCCCAACAUACGGAAUGCUUGAAUUCCCUUAAGCUGUGUUCUGAGGGAAGAGGAUUUCAAGGCUAGCUAGCAUCUGAUAUGAUAAUGGCAAAAAUUCUGUCAUGUAACUUAUUUAAUUAUUUGUGUAACAUUACUGUAUAGUUCAAACACCUCUGAAUGGUAUUUCUUUUUCAGGUAGCUACAAAUAGCAGUAAACUGCCCUACAGCCAGUCCUUCAACCAAGUCUUUAAAACUCAAGAUCCUAGGCCUGUUGUUAUUUCCAUAGCCCUCUGUAUCUCUGUUUUUUCUAUUUUUCCCUGCAACUUUCUGAAAGUUGUACGUCCUUACAUACCCAGCUUAUAAUGUUUGAUGCACUUAAGUGAUCACUUUGGCUUCCUUUGUAGCAAUAGAACAAUGUGAUUUCCAAGUGAUGUCUAAUUCAGCUACCUGAGGCCCUUCUGUUGCAAACAUAUUUUUUUUGGCUUAUAGGUUGUUAAAAUUCAGACUGUUCCUGUGUACUUAUGCCUGGCACUAAAGUUAGCCAUUUAACAGAUGGAUGCCGUGAUCUGUUUAAAAUGGGUCUGUCAAGGAGUUGCUAAUUAAAUCAAUAUUUUAACUGCUAAACAUUACUCCUACAUAGCCAUAAUUACAUAUUAGAGAAGCAAUAGAAACACAAAUCUCUUGAAUGUGGCUAAUAUGUCCUCAAGUUUUACUGCUAUUUUUUUUAAUGCUGGCUAAGAGAUUACUACCCGUUUUGCAGCCUCAGGGAUCUUGCUUUCCCUUCCAUGCCAUGAGCAAAUGAUUCAUGUAUGACGUGGUAAGUUAUUACUCUAGCAGAUUCUGAUUUGAAAAAUUAGUUCGUUCGUGUAAGAAUUUGAGCCUUUCUGAUAGAAGUGUGGUCUCAGCUCCCUUUUGUUUUCUGGAUUAUCUGGAAACUUCCACCCAUAAUCUCUUCUGCUUUAUGAACAUCCAUGCACAAUCACAUAGCCUUCCGUUCCCAUUCUGUGCCAGCUGUUGGGAGAACAGGAGCAGAGAAGAGCUGCAGGUUGUUUGCACCAAGCGUGUGGCUUUUCAAGUGCAUUAGCAGAAGGCUCCAGCUUUAUCCAAGCCAGCCUUGCCAGAUACUGCUUUUAAAAAACCAAACCCCAAUGUAUCUAGUUUUCUUAAAAAUAAACACACAUACACACAUCCCCACCCCCAACAAACAAACAAUUUUAUUUGUGUGCUGGUGAUCCAUAUGGUGAUCGUUCAAGGAUUAUUUUUUUUAAACAUCUAUCAGAUUUUACUAAAGUUUAGAUCCUCCUUAAUAGCAAACAGCUUUCUGCACCAUAGGCCCUGUCCAAAGUGAAAAAAUGGGUCUUUGAAAAUGGCUUAGCAAACACAACUUUACAUGUAAGAGUAAAACUUUAUUUACUUUUGAAGACCUGCUCAGUGGUCUAGGCUGCUACAGCCUCAGGUUUCUGUUCAGGUAUGUUUUGGUUCUGAAAUUUUGCUUCUAAACUGCCUACACCUUAACCACCAUCCCCCCCUUUUUUUUUUAGGUUAAAAAAAGUGGCAGUUUUUACAUUUUUUUAUGCACCCUUUAUUUCUGAUUUUUGACACAGACUAGAUUCUCAUUUUUAGAUGGAAUUCCUUGCAGAUAAUAUGAACAGUACUGGGAUUACCAAUGACUAUCAGAACUCUUGUAUUCAAAGGUGUAAACAGUCUAGGUUGACUGGCUGUGUUAGUGCAUGUAUCUUAUUUUGCUUUUUGCAACUACAAGAUGCUUUUGUCUUCUCCCUAUGGUGUACUCAUUUUGAUGCUGUUGCUUUUUAAGAGGGGAGUACCUUUUCUGAGAAUUUCAGCUCCCAAAUUGUUCUGUAGUCUGAUAACGGUCUAGCUUUGGUUUCAAGUGGUCCUAUGCGAUGUUAUAUUCCUGCCGCAUACAACUUCAUAUUCAGACUUCUGCUUUAGCAAUAAAUCUUUCAUGCCUUCUGAUGUACUGAAACCAGUCUUUGCUUAUUGCUUCCUUCCCCCCCCCGCCCCCCUUUCAUUUUUUAUAUAUAAGUAUUUCUGUUAUUUUGGCUGAAAUCUCCAGUGUUUUAGUUGUCUCUCUUGGCCCUUGUUCUUCUGCAGAUUGGAAAAGUCUGCGUAAGGCCUGUUGCCUGUUCUGCAGUGGUAUUGACAUCUGUGCGUUUGCAGUGGUGUUCCAGUUAAUGACAUGCUGUGCAGAAAUGUAGACACGUUUUCCUAGAUACUGGUACCAUAUUUGUGGGUAGCAAAGAAAUUGCAUUGUUACUGUUACUACCAAUAGCUUUCAAGCUGGUAGCUACUUUUUUUUUUCCUUUUUAAAUUACUGGAUCUUUUGCAUUUCACUGGCAACUGACUUCAUGUGUUACAUACAAGUGUUACUCGGUGUUGUGUCAUCCCCCAGCCCUUGAAAUGCCUGCAAAUUGAGUCUGAAACAGCAUUUCAUUACAGGUACUGCCGGCAUGCAGAUUUUCCCUUCCUUGUUACUAUAGUGAAUAUUUCAAUACUACUUUAACUGAAAUAUUAAUUCUAUCUAGUAUUAGAAAUAAAGAUUAUUUCAGAGGGUGA